AUGGAAACUGAAAAGUCAAACCCAAGUCUGGAAAAAGUGUGUAAUUCUGCAGCUGCCGAUAUUUCUAAACAAGAGAUUGUAAAAUCUUCUGAAAACUCUGAUUAUUCUAGUGCUGUAGUUGAUGAACCGGCAUUGUCUGAAGCUCCUUUGCCAGUUACAGAAAAUGUGCCACAAUCUGAUCAUCCUGCUGUCCAGCCACAUUCCCCAAAAAAUGGUGCUGAGAUAGAGAUGCAUCCAAGUAUCAUUGAUGAGUUGGGGUCUAACGAAAAACAAACUGGCAAGGAGAAUCAAAAAAUCAGGAGGAGGAGAUCUCUUCCCCCACAGCAUGAGUUUCCUGAGAAUGUCUCGCAGAACACCCCAAGCAUGCCAAGUUAUAUGCAAGCAACUGAGUCUGCAAAAGCGAAACUUAGAGCACAAGGAGCUUCAAAGCUUAGUGAAGAUGGGUCUGAAAGUGGUUCUGUCCGCCGUCAUUCUCUACCAGCCUCAGCUAAUGGAAAAUUGAAUUCAUUGUCACCUCGGGUGCAGAGGCCAGUGCAAGGUGAUGAUAAGGGUGGAAGCAAAAAUAACAAAUCCUUGAUGUCCUCUAAAGAUGACAAGGGGCUUCAGCCCGGAUGA